AUGGCCUUCGUGACGAAGUUCGCGUUCGCCAUGGGGCUGCUCCUCGGGCCUCUGGCUCCACGGCUGGUCGGCUUCUGCCUGCUGAUGAUGAGCAUGUGGUCUCUGAGGCUUCAGCCCCGGAAGGUCCUGGACAUGAGCUGGCUGGACCUUCUGGUGGCCUUGAGGGCCACUUGGCGGCGCCGAGACCGCAGUAGCCUGGAGCAGGAGAUCUCCAGGAGCUGGGGCUCCGAGGUGCUGGUGACACUUUCGGUGAGAUCGGGGUUCGAUCUGCUUCUCUCGGCUUUGGCGCUCCCGAAGGGAUCCGAAGUCCUUUUCAUCCCCGGCAUCACCAUCCCAGGAAUGGUUCAGAUAGUGGAAGCCCAUGGGCUCCAGCCCGUGGGGGUUGACCCACCUUCGCCGACUCAGAUGCUCCCAGCCAAGCUGGCUCCCUUCGUGACGCCGCAGACCCGCAUGGUUGUGAUCUCGCACCUCUUCGGGAGCAUUCACAAGGCCGGGGACCUGAUUCGAGAGGCCCAGGCUCUGGGCCUGUUGGUUGUCGAGGAUUGUGCGCAGUCCUUCAUAGGCAGUGCGCCGACGCGCUCCCUGGCUUGUGCCUGGCCGAUGGGCUUCCGUGGCCACGAGGUCUCCGAUGUCACGCUCUCCAGCUUUGGCAACAUCAAAACCUUGACGGCCUUGGGAGGGGGCGUCGUCCGCGUCCGUGACGCCAAGCUGCGUUCUCGCAUGCGGGAGAUUGAAGCUGCAUGGCCGGUACGGAGCCGGGGGCAGAGGCUAUGGACAGUUUUCCGAGCGGUUAUCUCGAAGCUGUUCCUGACGCCCAUGCUUUACGGGCUGUUGGAGGCGGUGAUAGCCAUGCUGGGUCUGGACUUUGACCGCCUCAUUGUAACUUACGUUCGUGGCUUUGCCAAGUUGGAGUAUAUCCGACAGCAGCCCACUCUGGAGCUUCUAGAGCUCUUGCUGUGGAGGCUGCAGUCACAGCAGGCAGCAGCCUUCGAAGACACCUCGCUGCGGUCUUCCGUCAGCCGCCGCCGGCGCCUGGCCAGGAUCGUCAUCGACCGCUUGGAGAAGGAAGGCAUCGAGUUCGUGUCCAAGGGCGACGGCACGAAUAGUUGGUGGCUUCUGCCCAUUCUCUGUGAUGACCCGAGGCGGAUGGCCAAAGAGCUGGUCUCCCGCGGCUUCGACGCCACGAGCACCACCACGCAGCUGCAGCGCGUGGUGGCGGCUGCAAGCUGCAAGCAGCAGGCCUUGAGGGUCUCCGAUGGGCAGGACUUCAUGAACCGCGUCGUCUACCUGCCCUUGACACCCAUCCUGCGAGAGGCGGAGGCUGCGGCCCUGGCCGAGGCGACCCUGGCUGCCCGAGAGGCCAUGCGAUGCGGCGCGGCAGCGCCCCAGGGCCGUCCAAAUGCAGGCAGCAGCCUGCUGGUUUCCCUUCUUGGCCUACUCUUUCUCGCCUGGCCUGGGCUGAUGACAUGGUUCCUACCUUCGACGAGCACCAUGCGAAGCCUGAUGUGUUGGGCCGGAGUUUUGGGCAUCGUGGUCCUGAUUCUCGUGAGGUGGCUGGCAGCAGACACGGGCCUGAGACUGGACCCUAAAGUCCUUGAGGCUCUGCCUCCUGUGGUGCGGAGUGAGGGCCUGGAGGUUUGCAAGAAGAUGCCCCUGAGUGUACGUAUUGAUGGAGCUGUGCUCUUGACUGGUGGUACCGGCUUCGUGGGCGGUGGCAUCCUUUUCUCCUUGCUGGCACGGGCUGAGGAACUGGGCAUCACAAAGAUUGUGCUCAUGGUUCGGCAGCGCUCAGGCAAGAGUCUCGCGGAGCGCCUCCAGAAGCUGCGGGAUCACACCAUGUUCGACGAAGUCCGCGAGACCUUCGACAAGCUCGUUGUGGGCCUCGAGGGCGACACUUCCCAGCGGAAUUUCGGAUGGACAGAGGCGCAGCCGUCGUGGCCACACAGGGAGUCCUUGAAGGCCGUCCUGCACUGCGCCGGGGACGUCCGCUUCCAGCAGCCCAUGCAGCAGGCUGCCGUGUCGCUGAUCUCUGCGACGCUCCAGAUGCAGCAAUUGGCCUCGCAGUGGAAGGCCAAGCGCUUCCUCUUCGUCUCCACCGCUUUUGUGCAUGCAGUGCCGCCGCCCAGCACCGAAGCACUGCAGGAGAGGCUGGUGGAGCUGCGGGAUUUCGAUGCCAUGGAGCUCUACCGGGAUGCAAUGUCCCACGGUGGUUGGGCACAGACAGCCAUGCGAGAGCUUGGCUUUCCCAACACCUACACAUUCUGCAAGGCCGUCGCUGAACACCUCGUGAUCCGAGCGUGUGAUUCCGAAGGCCUGGAUGUGCGGAUUGUCCGGCCUUCCAUCGUAGGCCCCGCCUGGGCGUAUCCUUUCAUUGGAUGGGCGGGAGACAAGCCCUCCACCAUCGUGGGUGCAGGGACUCUCCUUGCGAAGCGCGGGGUCCGCGCCUUUCGGGACGCCUUCGACCACCCCUGCCCGGUGGUGCCCGUGGACAUGGUGGCGGACAUCUCCGUGACGGCCUUGGGCGGAGCCUUCAGCAGCGAGCACGGACGAAUCUUCCAGGCCUGCCUGGACUCUUCGGAGGCGCACCAGAUGCCAUCCUUCCGAUUCUUCACUGCCCACUACUAUCAGUUGCUGGCGCUCAGGGGGAGCCUCUCUCUUGCAGAGCUGGGCCUCAUGGCCAAGCUAUUGCGCUGGUGCGACAAUGCCACAGUUUUCCACAUCGUGCAUGCCCUCAUCAAUGUCCUGCCCAUGAAGCUCUUGGGCCUUCUUCGCAUUUGUAUGGAGAGGAUCUUCGCCUUGGUGGGCAUGAGGCUCAGCAAGCAGUUUUCCACAAUGGUGAAAGUGCUAGAAUCCUGUUGCACGUUGCCGAUGCAGUACCAUUCGUUCUCGAGUCCAUGUGUGCCCUGGCACUUCCAGUCGACCCUGCGAUUGCCAGAGCAGUGGGACUUCCAUGAGUACUUCUUGAUCUGCUGCCGGGCCGGCUACGCCUUCGCCCGGCCGAGUGCUGGGCAGCUGCUGGCUCCAGGGCGCAACUAUGCCAAGGAGUUUGCAGAGAUCCAGAUCUUCGGCCCCAGCUCGGUCCUUUCGGAUCUCAUCACCGCCUUCGCGCACCCGAAUGCUGGGCCCCUCUAUGCGGUCGCAGCCUUUGUGGUGAGGCAGGGCCUGAGUUGGUUGAACCUCACAGUGACUGUGGAUGGUGCCUCUCUGCAGUCUAUCAGCAAGCUGGAUGUGCCCUUAGUGCUAUGCCCACAGCAUCGCUCCGUUCUCGACUUUGUGAUCAUCGGGCUCACCUGCUUCCAGCUGCAGCCCGUUCUGCCUGCAUUACAGCUCCCCCAGGUGGCAGCAGACGCCGAAUUCUCUGGCCUGCCCUUUCUGGGAUGGGCCCUGGCCGGGCUGGGGGCUUUCUUCGUGCGCCGUGGAGGGGGCUCGGUGCAGCCGGACCCCGCUCUGAGAGCCAAGGUUGGCAAGGUCUUUCGGAGCGGCCGGCCCCUGGAAGUCUUCCUGGAAGGCCUGCGCAGCCGCGGACGCAGGCAGCUGCGGCUGCGAACUGGGUUGCUGAAGGCUUUGAGGGACAUUUCUCAGAGGACGGUGGCGCUGGUGCCCCUGGCCAUGUCCUACGAGCUCCUACCCGAGGACGAGAGCCUUUAUCGGGAGAUUUGCGGGCUUCCUCGGGAUCCGCUCCGCAGCCUGGACCUGGUUUGGUGGAUGUUAAGAGGCCUGAAAGGAGAGCUGCCGGCCUUAGGGGAGGCCUUCAUGCGCUUUGGGGUGCUCCACACCUUGGACGCGUCCAGCAACGUCGACCACUUGGUGUCGGAUGUGCAGAGGGAGCUGGUCGAGCUGUCCUCGGUGACCACCCUGCACUGCCGUGCCCUUGGAGAGGUCUUGGGCUUCGAUGCCAAAGAGGUCGUGGCCUCCUUGAAAAGCCAGGUGCCUCUACGAAGCUCCUGCGUCCCAGAGAAGCCCGGCCCAAUGCCGCCUGCAGAGUGCUGGCCGCUGGUGUUGCAGGCCGCGACGUUGAGCCCGAUUCGGCGCCGCCUGCCGCGCCACUGGGGCCGAUGGCUGGUGGAGGGUCUGGCAGAGGACGUAGCCAACGGGAAAGAGACAGGCAGGGUCCCCGGUGCUCGUGUCUCUUCUGCCUUCGCGAAGUUUCAGCUGUCAGCCGGCGCCCAAGGCGAGAGCGAGUUGGCAUCGGGAGCCUUGGAUCUGAAGGCGCUGGCAGGCGCUUUCGAGUCCCACCUCCUGGCUGCGGAGAAAGCCGCGGAGCAGGCCAGCGAGGUCUUGCGACAGAGCGGCACCGUGGAGAUCACGGAGGAGCACUUGGUGCAGCAGCUCCUUGGGACCGAAACGCCCCAAGUGCCUCCGCCUCUGGCCCAGGGGGCUGCAGCGAUCGUGGCCUCCCGCUUCAAGUCCACACGCUCCCUCGGCGCCUCGGUGAAAGGCAAGCAGCCCGUCCGAGGAUCCGUUGCACCGGUCACUCCUUUAUGGCCGGCGCAUGAGGCUGACCAGCUCAAGAACGAGGAGUCCUUGGAUCGCUGGGGUUUCAAGGACACCAAGUUUGUGGCUCAGUACGUGGACGGAAAACCGGCGGCGCAGAUCUCCUCCCAAAGAUACAAGGCCUUCGGCCGCCAACCGCUCUUCCGACUGUGGGAUCUCUUCCAACGUCAACUCGCCGUGCCUCUCAACGUGCGGGACAUGAUCGCCGAUCGCCCAAUGCCAGAACUGCCGAAGCCCGCCGAGGGGUUGGAGGAGGUCUUGAGAAAGGUCUUGCCUUCUGGUAGAGCGCACUUCGAUGCCGAGUCCCGGAUCCGUGCAGGAACCGGCCAUGGCCUCGCAGAUAUCUGGCGUCUCCGGACUCGGCAGAUGGUGCGCUUCGCAGAUGCCGUGGUCUCUCCCAUCAGCGAGGAGGAAGUGCAGGCUUUGCUGAAAGCCGCAGUGGACUUCAAUCAUGGCAAAGGUUUCGGCGUCAUUCCUGUUGGGGGCCGGACAAACGUCACCUCCGCCACGUUGUGUCCACCCAAGGAAGUCGACCCGAGACCUUUUGUGGCUCUCGACAUGCGCGGCCUGGCCAGUGUGCUUUGGGUGAAUGCAGAAGAUGGUGUUGCAAUGAUCGAGGCAGGGAUCACCGGCAUGAACCUAAAGGAUGCACUGAAACAGCACGGGGUCACCAUGGGCAUGGAGCCGGAUUCGAUGGAGCUCUCAACGUUGGGAGGUUGGAUCGCAACUCGGGCGAGUGGGAUGAAGAGGGCCCGUUACGGCAACAUCGAAGACAUGGUCCUGGAGGUGCGCGUCGUGACGCCCACUGGGCCGAUUUGGCAGCGGCACGGUGAUCCUCGAGUUCCUGCGCAGUCGCAGACGGCAAUCGGCCGCGCCUCCACCAACAUCGGCUUGCCGGCUUUGGUGCUGGGCAGCGAGGGCUGCCUGGGGAUCAUCACUUCCGCAGUCGUCCGCGUGCGGCCCUUGCCUGAGGUUGUGGAGUACCAGAGCAUUGUCUUCCCGGACUGGGACCGGGGUGCAGCGUGGAUGCGCGAGGUGGCUCGGAUGCCCGCUGGGCUGCGCCCGGCCUCCUGCCGUUUGAUGGACCAGAACCAACUGGAGCUCGCGCAAGCGCUGAAGGAAGGCUCGGAGCAGAAGACGGCUUCUAGCAACCUCCGGGCCAGCCUUCGGGAGGCCUACCUGUACUGCAAAGGGGUGUCGCUAGCACAGGCAUCUGCGGCAACCUUGGUUUUCGAGGGCACUCAUGCCGAAGUCAAGCUCCAGAUGAAGGAGGUCAGCAAGCUGGUGUCCAAAGCAGGCGGUAUUUGGGGCGGUGCCUCUUCGGGGGCAGCGGGCUACACGCUCACCUUUGCCAUCGCCUACUUGCGAGACUUCGGGCUGGACUACCGCAUCUUAGCAGAGUCCUUGGAGACCAUGGCACCUUGGUCGGCCAUCCACAUGGUCUGGCCCAAGGUUACAGCCUCUGUGGCCCGGAAGCAUCGGGAGUUGUGCCUGCCGGGCAGGCCCUUCAUGUCCUGCCGCAUGACCCAGCUCUAUGACGAAGGAGGUGUCUUGUACAUGUACAUUGCAGUGUGCACGAAUGGCCUGGAGCCAAAGCGUGCUCUGGAGGCCUUUGAGAGUUUGGAGCACACAGCUCGAGAAGCCAUUUUGGAUGCUGGAGGCUGCUUGAGCCACCACCAUGGCGUCGGGAAGCUGCGAGCCUCUCUCCUACCUCAAACACAAUCCCCAGCACUGACCCAGGUGCUGCGGGACUUCAAAACAGCCCUGGACCCGUCAAAUGUACUGGCUGCCGGAAACGGCAUCUGGGCUGCUUCCCCUGCUGAAGACUCCGAUGACUUGCACAGCAUUGAGAGCGCUGCCUGUGCACUCUUCUUGGCUGUCUUGCUUCGGUUGAAGGAUUGUGGCUUCAAUGUGAGCGACGUCUAUGAGGGCAACAAGGCCCAGAUUGCCCCGCAACGACAGGAUUCAGUACUUGAGCAUGGAAGCCUGAAUGUUUAG